AUGGCAGCGGCGAUCGCCAGCUCGUUGAUCCGGCAGAAGCGGCAGGCGAGGGAGUCCAACAGCGACCGAGUGUCGGCCUCCAAGCGCCGCUCCAGCCCCAGCAAGGACGGGCGCUCCCUGUGCGAGAGGCACGUCCUGGGGGUCUUCAGCAAAGUGCGCUUCUGCAGCGGCAGGAAAAGGCCGGUGAGGAGGAGACCGGAACCCCAGCUGAAAGGAAUUGUGACAAGGUUAUUCAGCCAGCAGGAAUACUUCCUGCAGAUGCACCCAGAUGGUACAAUUGAUGGGACCAAGGACGAAAACAGCGACUACACCCUUUUCAACCUAAUUCCUGUGGGUCUUCGCGUGGUGGCAAUCCAAGGGGUGAAGGCAGGUUUGUACGUUGCCAUGAACGCUGAGGGAUAUCUCUACAGCUCAGAUGUUUUCACACCAGAGUGCAAAUUUAAGGAGUCUGUCUUUGAAAACUACUACGUUAUUUAUUCUUCCACGCUGUACCGGCAGCAAGAAUCCGGGCGAGCUUGGUUCCUGGGACUCAAUAAAGAAGGUCAAAUUAUGAAGGGAAACCGAGUGAAGAAAACCAAACCCUCAUCACAUUUUGUACCCAAACCCAUUGAAGUGUGCAUGUACAGAGAGCCAUCGCUGCAUGAAAUUGGAGAAAAACAAGGACGCUCCAGAAAAAGUUCAGGGACACCAACCAUGAAUGGAGGCAAAGUUGUUAACCAAGACUCGACAUAG